CAAAGCAGACGGCGGUGACGCUCAUGAGACCUCCCAUCCCGUGCCAUGACAGCUCGUCCAGGUGUGAUGUUGCUCUGGCAUGCAUGACCUCCACAUCUCAUCCCGAGGGCGUCAAGCCAGACAGUAACCCCCCCAGUGCCAUGGCUGAGGUGUUGGGACAAAGGAGCUUGUUAGGCUUUGGUGUGGUGUUGGCAUGGCUGGUGCUGUUCCACCUGCUGGUCAACAUCUGGCUGCUGUGUGUGUUCACCAGCCUGCUGGUGGUGCUUGGAGGCUGGCUGGGCUCGCAGGCCGUCCUGGAGUCCAACAGUGUGCUCCACCUGGAGAGGUUUAUCACCAUGGAGCAGGUUCCACCAUCUGUGGAGGAUGAGCAUCACUUGGACAUGGAGAUCCACAACACUGUGCGGAAAAUCAUAAGGGACUUUGUCACCUCCUGGUACUCCACUGUGUCCUCUGAGAGUGCUUUUGAAACAGAGGUCCAGGAGGCCAUGAUCUCCAUGGCCAUGGAGCUGAAAAUACGUGCAAGACAGCUCGACAGGAAGGAGCUGACCCAGAGGAUCCUGGAUCUGUUCGGCUGCCACCUGCAGGACUACAUCAGAGCCAAGGAGCUGGUGACCGAGCAGAAAAUGUCUCUGACGGACAAGUGGAGCAAUGAAAGCGAGCAGCUGUGGAAAGCGUAUUCCAGCGUUACCACGCCUCAUCUUGCCAUGACCAGUGACGCAGAGGAAGUCAACUACACCAGAGCAGUUGUAGAUUUAUUGCUGCAUGUUUUGGUGCCAUCGCCUCACUUAGAGACCCGCACUGGACGCUUUGUUGUCGGAGAGCUCAUCACCUGCAAUGUUCUGCUCCCUCUUAUCGCGAAACUGUCUGACCCCGAUUGGCUGAACAUUCUCGUGAUCGAAAUAUUCAACAAAUCCAGCCAGCCAAAGGAGCCAGUUGCAACAGAGCCACUGGCUUCAUCGCCACCGCUACCGCCACCACCUGCUGAAUCUGAGCCAGCUCCACUACAAGAGACAACACAUGUACCUCAAAAGAAUAAUGAAGUUCCCCCACUAAGAGCGGCGACCGAAGUGGUCAGUGACACAGAAGUGGCCACGCCUGAGCUUGCCGCCUAUGAUGUGAUUGACUCAGAGGAGGUGGACUGUUCACACAACAACACUGAAGAAGAAGACCCUACUCUACCCUUUUUAAGACAUUACAUGAGAGGAAGCAAGUCAAACCCAUUUUACCAGGAGAAUGACUCUGACCUGGAUUCUCCUCUGGCUGACUUCAAACGAAGCUCCAUUGACUCCCUGGUGAUGAUCGACCAAGACGAGGGUCUGUAUGACAGGCAGAAAGAAUGUGCCACAUCUGUUGACAACAUUGGUGUGGACCUGGAGGAUGUUUGCCCCAGUCCGAUGGACGGCUCCUGUCCUAAGGUCCUGGUGAGUUCAGAACCAGUAAGCCAUCCUAAUGGCUGUGACCCCUCAUCAGCUCAGACAGCAGAGGGGACUCCUGGUAACAGCAGCCUCCAGGACCUGGAGAGGGAAGGUAGUUCUCCUUCAGUAAACCCAGCCCGAGAGCUCCUUCUGGGAGUAGAGCAGACUGGGCUGGGGAACACCAACGAGCUGACUGUAGUCAGUCCGCUGCAGGGCUCUUCCCCGAUACCGUCGUUCAGUUUCGAGCCCCUCAGCAGCCCUGAUGGACCAGUCAUCAUCCAGAACCUCCGCAUCACUGGCACCAUCACAGCUAAGGAGCACCGCGGCACUGGCUCACACCCCUACACUCUCUACACCAUCAAAUAUGAGACAGCGAUGGGCUGUGAGAACCCAGGAGGCAUCCAGCCAGGCUUUGAGGAUACUGACGUUUUGCCGUCAGGUUGUGAGAAUCCGUCACCCAUUCAGCCAGUAGCCUAUCACAUGGUCAACAGACGAUACAGCGAGUUCCUCAACCUGCAGACACGGCUGGAAGAAAAAUCAGAGCUACGGAAACUCAUCAAAGGUGUGAAAGGUCCAAAGAAAAUAUUCCCAGACAUGCCGUUUGGAAACAUGGACAGUGACAAGAUAGAGGCCCGGAAAGGACUUCUGGAGACCUUCCUGAAGAACCUCUGUGCCAUCUCUGAAAUAGCCAACAGUGAAGAGAUGCAGGAGUUCCUGGCUCUCAAUACAGACGCCAGGAUUGCCUUUGUCAAGAAACCUUUCAUCGUGUCACGCAUAGACAAGAUUGUAGUGAAUGCCAUUGUGGACACCCUGAAGACGGCGUUUCCUCGUUCAGAACCUCAGAGCCCAACAGAGGAUAAUGAGACAGAGAUGGAUGCAGCGAAAAUAAGUUCUGACAAGAAGAGCAAGUCUCGUCUGAAGUUCUCCAGUAAAAACGUCCCCUUCAUGAACGGCUCAGACAUUAGACCGCCAGUUUUGUUCAGCUGGGAGAAAACUAGCGCCGUGUUGAACGGGAUGUCUUUGGAAGAUUUGCAAGUCUUUGUCAGCGACCAAGAAAAACUGUCCAUCAGAGCCGAGUCAGAGAAGGAGGACAGUCCAGUAAUAAAACAAUUCGGGGUCUAUCUGGAUGAGAGCUUUCGAGGAAAGCAUGGUCAGGAAACUGCCUCUGAGACGGCGCUGGCUGAGGUGGCUCUGAACAUCCUGUGUCUGCUGAUGAAGGAGCAGUGGAGCUGGCUGUGCACUGAAAACAUCCAGAAGACCAUCAGGCUGCUGUUUGGGACCCUUAUUAACAGAUGGCUGGAUGUGAGCAUAGCCAACCUGACAUGCACCAGGUACUGGGUGGUGUACCUGCAGGUCAUACAGGAGGCCGUGUGGCCAGGAGGAGCUAUGCCUACGGCCCCUCGACUUGAACGCAGCCAGCAGCAGAAGGACAGCACCAGGCAACAAGCCUUACAGUGUCUGAUGAGACUCCUACCAGAUCUGGUCUCUGACAUGUUGGGCUCAGACAAGUACAAACUCAGCUGGCAGACUGCACUGGACUCUUUUCAAGACCCCUAUAUUAACAGACAUCUGGUCUACUGCAUAUUUGAUCUUCUGCUUGAGUUCCUGGUUCCUGAAAUACCUGAGGAGGACUUCCAGAGGAGCCUGUUGCACACGCUGUCCAAGAACCCAGAGAAGCUGGUGGCAUGAGGAGAAAACCCACAGGAACAACCCAGCUUCCAUUUUCCAUCAUCCUAACUGAUCAUUCACCACUGAUGAAUUGCUGAACAGCAGUGUGACAGCGAGGCUGCUCCUGUUCUACUAAUCUUCUGCGAUGAGCGUGUAAGUGAGUGUGUCUGGUGAGACUGAAUAUUCUGUGUCCCCACUUCAAACUCGUGAGGUCCCUCAGGCUUGUCUUUAAUUACAUGUUGAUGUGUUGACAUGCGUGGGUCUUGAACAUGGUGUCCUGUACACACACACACACACACACACACACACACACACACACACACACUUCUACACAAACUACAUUUGAAGCAGCUUUGAUUACAUGAGAGCACCUGGUUUGUGUUUGAUCUCAGAAUGUGUCUGACGUGCCGUUCAGAUCUAAACAUGUGGCAAAGUCUCCUCCAAUCUCCCCAUCAGGCCUCUUCCUGCUCGCUAAACUCUGCGGCUUUGACUAAACUCACUUCAGAUGGUUUUCACACUCUGCCCUCAUCCCCUCUCGCAGGUUCAGGGUAGAAAAACCCACACCUGUUGCUCUACUCUGGAGAAGCAGGAUUUGCUUUCCCCCUAACUUAAAUCUCAAAAUGCUCCGUUGGGAUUCAGCAUCACUGUUUCUAUUCUUCGUUGACCCAUUCUUCAGUAUCCCACUGGCUCUGUAUCGAGCUGCACAUGGGAUUCUGACAUAAUGUGAGCUCUACUCCUUAAAUCUGAGACUUCCUGAGGGAUCACAUGUCUCUGGCAGUGACUUUUUUUAACCUGCAAAUGUCCAGGUGUAGGAAAGGAACAUACUGUAGUGUAGUGUGGUGAAGAGUUGGACGUAAGACAUUUUACUGGCUUCACAGAUGCGUCACAGUUCCUUUAACAGGCCCCUCGGAGAAUUAUCUGUGCAGUUAAUGUCUAAAUCAUACAAGAACCUGGCUCCACAGAAACAGGUAUAUGAAGGAUUGAGGAAAGGCGUUGGUCAAGGUCCAUUCGGCAACGUAAACAGUGAACUGCUGGAGUCUCACUUACUUUUGGUUGUAUCUGUCCAUGCUGUCAGCUCUCUAAAAUGUCUGCUUCCAUCCAAAUAUUAUAUACUUUAAUAUGUGGUGAUCACAGCAUUUUAAAAAUAGGUUCGAAAAAUUUAAGAGCAGUGAGUCCAGAAGUAGGACUAGGCAAUAUAUCGAUAUCAUGUCAAUAGUAGGGAUGCACCAAUUUUGAAAUUCUGGGCCGAUACAGAUGAUUUAAGGCUGCCCCCAAGAAGUCGACCAAACGUUAGUCGACCAGAAAGGUCUUUAGUCCGCAAACAUGAAACUCUAGUAAGAGCUGUGCUUUG